AGUCAAUCCUCUUGAGGUUUCGGAGAGGGUUUAUAAAAAAUAUGUGGAAUUAAUUGGGGCUUAUUGAAUUUAUAUUGGAUUAUGGCAUCAAAACCCAAGUCUGGGCCCCAGGAUAUGCCCCCCAAGGGGGGGUAUAGUCCCAUGCAGACUGCAAGGGUCAAUAUCCGGAGAAUUAUCUCUCCUAAUAUUGCAACUGCUUUGACAGUUGCUUCCAUCAGUUUUGGAUGUGCGGGGUUCUUCUGGGGUUAUAAGGAUAUCAGAAGGGAAAGAAUUGAGAUGCACAGUGCCAGGAACGUCGUCUAUUGCAUGCUCAUGGCUGAGAGGGACAGGGCAUUUCUGAAGCAAAUGAGAGCCAAUCGCGAAGAGGAACGCGAAUUAAUGAAGGAUUACCCUGGAUGGGUGGUGGGUACUUAUUUUGGAGAACCAAUCUACGAGAAUAUGGAUCCAACUGAAUUUAUUACCCCUACUUUCCACGAAUACGCGAUUCACGGGAAUCCUUAUGAUAGCGCCGCCAGGUAUUUCCGUUACAUCGGAACGUAAAUUAAUUAUUCAAGGGUAAUUAACGUUAUUAGUCCCAAAAAAUACAUGAAGAAUAUUCAAGCUUGAAAACUGUAUAGUAAAAACAAUUCAAUAAACCAAUAAUAAAACUUUAACAUUCAA